UGACACUCGGGACCCUACGAAGAAUAGUCAGCAAAGUCCAAAUCUACAGUUUCUACUCUCACCUUCUCCGAUUCUUCCUGGAAGAAAACCCAUAAGUUCCACCAUUACAAGCUUUUCAGAUAUUGCUUAGAAACCUCUGUUUUGUUUCCUGCCUAAUUUUAUCUGUUUUUCUCCUUACUGAUGCUCAUAUACUUCCGUUGUUUCUAGUUUCUUUUCGGAUAUUGGGCGAUCUAUUCUCUGAUAUCUUUUAACACCAGAUUGAAAAUUUUCUCUUAUUUCCUCAUGUCGUUGUUACCUUCAUCUACCUCGUCUAUUUCUAGACAGAAAUAUGAUGUUUUCUUGAGUUUCAGAGGUGAAGAUACCCGCAAGAACUUUACGGAUCAUCUUUAUGAUGCUCUAAAACGGAGAGGCAUCGUCACUUUCAGGGAUGAUCCGAAGCUGGAGGCCGGCGAAGAGAUCGCACCGGAACUCUUUAAAGCCAUCCAACAAUCAUGGUGCUCGGUAAUCGUUUUUUCUGAAACCUAUGCUUUUUCAGGUUGGUGCUUGGAGGAGCUUGCUGAGAUUGUUAAACAAAAAAACGACAAGGGCCAUAAAGUAUUCCCAAUUUUCUACAACGUCGAUCCAUCUGAUUUAAGAAAACAAAAGGAAGAAGUUGAAAAAGCCUUUGCCAUACACGAAGAGAGGUACAAGGAAGAUAAAGAAAAGAUCCGAAAGUGGCGAAAUGCUUUGACUCAAGCGGCUAACAUCAAGGGAUGGCAUUCAAAGGACAGGAAUGAAUCAGAAUUCAUUGAAGAUAUUGUUAAAAAAAUAUCAGCAAAAUUAUGUCAAACAUAUCCGGUUGUUUAUGAUGAGCAGAUGGUCGGAAUUAAUUCACGCUUAGAGGAGCUGUAUUCAAAAAUAGACAUUGGGGAACAUGAUGUCCGCAUUAUAGGAAUUUGCGGAAUGGGCGGCAUCGGUAAAACAACUCUUGCAAGAGUUGUUUACAACCAAAUGUCAUCUCGUUUUGAAGGCAAAAGCUUUCUUGCUGAUGUUCGAGAAGUUUCAAAGAAAUGUGGACUUGUUUCUUUACAGAAGCAACUUCUUUCUCAGACCUUGUUUGAAGGAUGUCUUGAUAUUUUCGACGUUGAAGAAGGAAAAGCCAUCAUCAGUCAUAGAUUGUCUCACAAGAAGGUUCUUGUUGUUAUUGAUGAUGCUGAUAACAUGCAACACUUGAAAUGCUUGGUUGGAAGGCGUGAUUGGUUUGGCUCAGGGAGCAGAAUCAUUGUAACAACUAGAGACGAGCAUUUGCUCCGAUCUCACCGAGUUGAUGAUGUGUAUAAGCCUACAACAUUGAACUCCAAUGAUGCCCUCCGGCUUUUCAAUUCGAAAGCUUUCAAUAGUGAGACAGUGUUGGGAGAUGUUUUUGUUGAGCUUUCUGAACAAGUUGUACGUUAUGCUGGUGGUCUUCCCUUGGCGCUUGAAGUUUUGGGUUCAUUUUUGUGUGGUAGAGACGCAACUCAAUGGAGAAGUGCAAUCGAAAGACUUGAAAGAGAUUCUAACAAUGAAAUUCUUGACAGACUUCAAAUAAGUUUCGAUGGAUUGGACGAAAGAGAGAAGAACAUAUUUCUAGAUAUGGCAUGCUUCUUCAAUAGGGAGGAGAAAGAUUUUGUAAUGAAAGUAUUAGAUGGUUGUGGGUUUUUUCCGGAUAUCGGAAUCGAUGUUCUUAUUAAGAAAUCUCUCAUAAAAGUCGAUAGAGACAACAAAAAUUUGUGGAUGCAUGACUUGCUACGAGAAAUGGGAAGAAAAAUUGUUAGGAACAAAUCUAUUGAUGAACCUGGUAAACGUUGUAGGUUGUGGGAUGAAAGUGAUGUGUAUCAUGUACUAAUCAAAAACACUGCCACAGAGAUGAUUGAAGGCAUGAUCAUCGACGUUAUUAGGGAAUCAAACGUGAUGCUCCAUUUGAACGCCGAUGCUUUCUCAAAAAUGAAAAAACUGAGAUUGCUCAAAGUCUUUAGUAUUCAAAGUUGUGAUAAUCUCAAGUAUCUUUCUGAUGAGCUACGGCUUUUAUAUUGGCAAGAAUGCCCAUUGAAAUCUUUGCCUUCAUGCUUUGAACCAGACAACCUUGUUGCACUCCUCUUAUCUUACAGUCACAUUCAACAACUAUGGAAGGGAACCAGACCCCUGUAUAAGUUGAAAAUGAUCAAUCUGAAAGGGUCCCGAAACCUGAUCGAGACACCAGACUUCACGUUGGCCCCAAAUCUUGAAGUUUUGGUUUUGGAAGGUUGUACGAGAUUAGUAGGUGUUCAUCCAUCUGUUGGAGUUCAUAAGAGGCUUAAGCUUUUGAGCUUAAGAGGCUGCAAAAGUCUUAGGAAUCUUCCGGCCAAAAUUGGAAUGGAAUCUCUUCAAUCAUUAAUUCUAUCGGGCUGCUCAAAUCUUCAAAGGUUUCCAGAUAUUGAUGGGAAAAUGGAACGUUUAAAAACUCUUGAUCUCUCUGGUUGUUAUAAAGUUGGAAAUUUGCCCGGGAAUUUGCAGCAAGCAGAAUUUUUGGAGGAGCUUGACUUAAGCGAAACAGCCAUAACAGAACCACCAAUCUUCAUCUUCCGGUUUAAACACCUUAAGGAUUUGUCUCUCAGUGGAUGCAGGGGACGAUCAUCUAAGUUGCAACCAAAUCUGCCUCCUCUUUUUUAUGUAUUCCAAAGAGGGAGGACAAAUUCCAUUUCUCUGAUGUUACCUUUGUUGUCAAGUUUAAGUUCUUUGAAAGUGCUGAAACUAGCAGAUUGCGACCUCCGUGAAGGUGAUAUUCCUAGUGGAAUUUCUUGUCUAUCCUCUUUGAAAAGACUUGAUCUUAGUGGUAACAAUUUCGUCAGUAUACCCGCGUGUCUUACUCGACUUUCCAGGCUUUAUGAUCUUGGAUUGUCAAAUUGCAGGGAGCUUAAAUCGUUGCCUGAGCUUCUAACAAGUAUAAGCAGUUUGUGGAUUGAUGGUUGCACUUCUUUGGAACUAGUUGCAUAUCCAUCAAAAGUAUGCAAAUCAAUUUCAAGUGAUGAAGUAGUGUUUAGUGGUAUUCACUGUUACAGAUUGGCCGAGAAGAUCAAUGCAUUAACAUUGCUGAAAAAAAAUCUUAAGGUAUUUGCAAACGCAAGAAAAAUGUUUGAUGUUUGUAUUCCUGGAAGUGAAAUCCCAGAAUGGUUCAGCCAUCAGAGAGUUGAGUCCUCAAUCAAGAUACCACUGCCUCCCAGUAUUUGGAACGAUAGUCGAUGGAUGGGAGUUGCUUUCUGCUGUAUUUUUACCAAUGAUGAUGCUUCCAGGGAUGAGAGUCUUAUGUGUGAAGCUGCUAUCCAUCAUAUGAAUUCUGGAAAAGUUAGUUGUGAUGGAUCUGUUUUUCAGGGUAGAAAUACUCGAAUUGUCGAUUGUAGUGGUUGGGGUAUAUGUGAACCAUUUUACCCACCCAUAAUGAAGGACCACCGUUUUCUUCGUUACUGGUCACGUGACACACUGUAUCCAGUUUCCUCGGACGACAACUGUGGUGAAAGUGAAACCGAGAAUUUUUCAACAUCUGAUUGCUCAAAUCACGAAUGGGAUGAACUUGAACUGUCAAUCACAGACGAUAUUCCUGGCAACUGUGUUAAGGUGAAGAAAUGUGGGGUUCGAAUAGUGUACGAAAAAGAUUUAGAAGAUGUCCAACCCGUGAAAGAGCAAUGUAGCAGUCAAAGUUCUGUAGAAAUUGAAGAUUUCGACGAAGAUUUCUCUGAAUAACUUGUCAAGCCAAAACUUAUGUCCAUGAAGGGACAUCAAGAGAUGACAUUUAAACAACAGGUAUUUCUUUGUUUCGCUAAGGAGGUUCAUCGCUGCUGAUGUUUUGUGAUUUUGAGUAGUUUGUUCGAUUUUGAUUUUUCGUGUGGUGGUGAAGGUGAUGAUUCUGUUUAGCUGUGGAGAAGAUUGUGAGUGUCGGGGGAUGAUGAUGAAAGGUGUAUAAUCUUUUGGGACUAAAUUAAUAAAGUUUGUAAAUUUAAAGGA